GGAGACGGCAGAAUAAGCGGGUUUGUUAACAGAGUGACACAGUGAGAUGGCAGAAUAAGCGGGUUUGUUAACAGAGUGACACAGUCCACGUUCCAGAGCCAGCGAACAGGAAGGACUCAGGUUCCCAUGAGAGCAGAAGUGUGUGUUGCAGGAUCUGUAUUUUAUUUAAACAAGCGGAGAAAAUCAGACACGAGGGACAUUCAUCUGAGCAUCACAGUCAUGGAUGCAGAGACUAUUGAAAUUGCAGCCCUUGGACGGCCCCUGCAUCCUGGCAUGCUGUAUGACUGUCGCAACGACACCUUUAUCCCAGGAGUCUUACUGUGGGAUCAAGAAGCCAUCAGAAAAGAUGUUGAUGUGAAACCACAGCCCCUCACGCGUGUUGAUGUUAGCACAUGUGACUCUCUCAGUGAGAAGACCCAGCUGAUGGAUGUCAGUGCCUCGCUGACAGCAAGCUUCCUGGCAGGGCUGGUGGGGGUGGGGGGGUCGGGCAGCUACCUGAAUGACACAUUGUCCUCCAUGCGACAGUGCAGGGCCACAAUGCACUACAAACAAACGACUCAGUUCAAGCAGCUGACUAUGACCCAGGUGGGCAAAGUGAUAUACCCCGAAGUGUUUGACAAGAAGAGUGCCACCCAUGUGGUGACAGCAGUACUGUAUGGGGGUGAGGUCUUCAUGGUCUUCGACCAGAUGGCGUCAAAUGAGGAGGACAAGAAAGUUAUUCAGGGGAACCUGGAUUCGUCCACCAUUAAGAUCCCUAAAGUUGAUAUCAGCAGUUUGGGAAAAUUGAAGCUGACAGACAAGGAGAUGAAGAAGGUGAAGAAGUUCAGCUGCACGUUCCACAGCAAUUUAGCGCUGGAGAACAACCCCACCACUUAUGAGGAAGCUGUGCAGUUGUACAAAAAGCUCCCGGAGCUAAUAGGGGAUGGGAGUAAAGCGGUGCCUGUGAAGGUCUGGCUCUAUCCUCUGACAAACCUGGACCAAUGCGCAGCCCAGCUGGUCACCAAGAUCAGUGAAAAUCUGGUGACACUUUUGGAAGUCAGGAUGGGCCAGUUACACAAGGCCCAAAUGAGAGCUGACGACGCCAUACAACGAUGUGAGGCCAUUAAGGUCACCGAUUUAAAAGAGAACCUGGUCAAAUUCAAAAACAUAUUGGCCACUUACAAAGACACCGUCCAGAAUAAUCUGAGCAAACUUCUGCCAGCUAUCCGGGAUGGGACAGAGGGGGAAGAGAAACUGGUGGCCACUCUGAAAUUCAUCGAUGAGUCAUCAUUCACUCCUGACAAGAUGGAAAAAUGGCUUGAUGAUAAAGAGUCUGAAGUAGGGGUGCUGGAAAGCUACAUCAAUCUUCUGAAGCAUUGUGACAUUGUGCCACCUGGACCUGAGCUGAAUGCAGUUCUCGGUGAUCCAACCAUUGACCGUGUCUGCAUCUUCAACUUCACCUCUCUGAAGAAGGAGGAGCUGUACCUCUCAAACCUGUUUGAGUGCCUGGCUUCUGAAGAGUUCAGGGCAAUGCAAAACAUCUCUGUAGCUCAGGACCUCAGCUUCAAAGAGGAGGCCCAGCCUUGGUUCAAUGACCCACAGAUCUCUGCGGAGAUGAGACGUACACUGGCAGAUUUUCAGUUCAAAUUGAAAUUUUUUAAAUUUCUCAAACAUUUAAAAUCUAAAUUCAUCAUUAGCUACACUUCAGACCCCUCACGCCAAGGAGCUGUUUUUUAUACAUUUAAACAAGGGAAACUGCAAGACGAGACAGAUUCCCCAUACAGGAACAUUGAAAGUGAAGACAAUAGUGCAAAAAACAAAAAUAAAUCUUAUUCAUGAGAUCAUCCAGUGAGUGGCUGAUCUGUGAGCAGAAACGCAUUGUUAAGAAGAGAGGUCAAAGGGGAAGGGCCAGACUGGUCAAAGCUAACAGGAAGGUGACAGUAACGCAAAUAACCACACAUUAAAACAGUGGUUUGCAGAAGAGCAUCUCUGAACACACAACACAUCAUAACUCUAAGUGGAUAGGCUACAGCACUUGAAAAAAUAAAUGUAUUAAAUACCUAAGUGCUGACUGAAUGCAUUUUCCCUAACAGAAAAAGUGUAGUUGUAGUAUAAUAAUCAGUUUUUCUUUUUCUUAAUCAGACCUUGAUAAUUAGAUAUUUCUCUUAACAUUUUAAUGUUUUGGAUUUUCAUGUAAUCCUUUGUUUGAUUUAUAGUCUAAUAAUCAUAAUAAUAAUAAUAAUCACAAUAGUAGUAAUAUUGCUGUUUGAAUGCAAUUUUCUUUGAUUUGUGUUCAAUACAGAUGAAGGCUUUGUGUUUAAUAUAGAUUCAUGUGUUAUCAGAUUUUCCCAAAAUGACAAUAAAGCAUUAGAACGUU